AUGGCAUUUGCUCAAGCUCACUUAAGCAACCUUUCGGUCCCUGCUGCAGAGCGCCAACAAGCUCUAAACCGCAUUCAUGCAGACCCUGGCGUCCCCAAAGAUGCGACAACAUCAUCUUUCUGGCUCAAAGAACCGCACCCACAAUUUGCGCAGAAAUCUUCAAAUUCUUUGCCUAGCGAGGCAGAUGUAGUGAUCAUCGGCUCGGGCGUCACCGGCGCUUCCAUCGCGCGCACGCUACUCCAGAAUCGCGCCAAGGGCUCAAAUUCCCAUCCAGCCGUGGUAAUGCUCGAAGCUCGCGACAUCUGCAGUGGUGCUACCGGCCGUAAUGGUGGCCAUAUCCUCGAGACGGCCGACGAGUACGCUGAGUUUGCAGAUAUGUUCGGAGAAGCCGCCGCACGGAAGAUACUUCGCUUCCGACUUGCGCAUUUGCGCGAGAUUUUGGGUGUCGCUGAGGAAAUGGGCUUAACUGAGACUGCACAGACUCGCAAAGUGCAGUUUCUUAGUGCUUUCUUUUGUGAUGAAGAGUGGAAGGCUGCUAAGGAGAGACUGGGGCGGUUUAAGGAGGGCAUGCCCGAGGAGUCGAAGGAGUGGGUUGCAUACGAGAAAGACUCGAUUCCCGAGAAAAUUAAGCUUUCACGCGCAGCUGGCGUCAUUGCAGGCCCUGCAGGUGCUUUGUGGCCCUAUAAGUUCGUAACGGGUGUUCUUUCUCGCCUGGUCUCGGACUACCCAUCCGACUUCCGGGUUGAGGAUAACACGGCAGUGAGGGCAAUCCAACGCGGCAAGGGCCAAGGCCAUGAAUACACAAUAGAAACCAGCCGCGGCACAAUCCACGCUCGCCAUGUCAUCCACUGCACGAAUGCACAUGUCGGACACCUCGUCCCUGGCCUCCGAGGCCGCAUCUUCCCCGUCCGCGGACAAAUGUCUGCCCAGAAUCCCGGGGAGAAAUUCCCAUUGCAAGCAACAAAACACUCCUGGCUAUUCAACUAUGACCGUGGCUUCGACUACCUCACCCAGCUACCAAGUGGGCAAAUGAUGCUAGGCGGUGGCUUCGCUAGAAGUGAAAGCCUGGGAUGUGCAGACCUAGGUGUACCAACAGACAACGAAAUGAGCCUAGCAAUCGAUAUCCAUCUCUCCGGAGCGCUAAGCGCUGUCUUCGGCCGCGAAUCUUGGGGCCGUGUACAGGGCGAACCCAUUCAAGCGAUGUGGACAGGGAACAUGGGAUUCAGCGCAGACGGGCUCCCAUGGGUAGGACAGUUGCCUGGGUCCGUGACACAUCGGACACCGGAUAAGAACAAGCCGAAUGUAGGUGCUGAGUGGGUGUGUGCUGCAUUCUGUGGCGAGGGAAUGGUACAGGCGUGGUUGUCUGGCAAGGCACUGGCUACUAUGCUUUUGAAAAAGGAUGGUCAGUCUGGUAUGGAUCUGUCGUGGUUCCCAGAACAGUUGCUAGUUACUGAAGAACGCAUUGCGACUGCUGUGUUGCCUCAGACUGUGCAUGAUUUGCCUGUGCAGCGCCAGGCAAAUCUGUAA